AUGGAUUUAACUGCACAGUGUCUCAAUCGUCUACCACAUUUAUUACAAUGGACAGUUCUUCAGUCGUGUCAUUAUCUUCCACUCAAAUUUUAGCAACCAGUUCCGCAGGCGUCUCAUCAACGAUAGAAAUUCAAGCGAAUAGCACCAGUGAAAUACUGUCUUCAUCUUUUGUUUCAGUGGAUUCUUCUUCAGUGUUCCCUACUGUUGUGUCUACAAGUGAAAUUCACCCCACUAGUUCCGCAGGAGACACAUCAACGAUGGCAACGCAGGCAAGUAGUGCCACAGUGAUGACAGAAUUAUCCUCAAGUCAAAUCGUAUCAAGCAGUUUCACAGGUGACGAAUCAUCGACGAUACAAAGUCAAGCAACAAGCAUUUCAGUUCUAACCGAGCAAUCGUCCAGUCAAAUUCAAACAAGCAGCCCUGCAGAUGAUUCAUCGACGAUACAAAUUCAAGAAACGAGCACCACAGCUGCAACAGGGCUAACUUCCAGUCAAAUUCAAGCAAGCAGCCCCACAGUUGAUUCGUCGACGAUACAAAUUCAAGCAACAAGCACUACAGUGCAAAAGGAUACUACGUCAUUCGUUGUCAUGGAUUCUACUUCAGCUGCAACAGGGCUAACUUCCAGUCAAAUUCAAGCAAGCAGCCCUACAGGAGACUCGUCGACGAUACAAAUUCAAGCAAGCAGUCCCACAGAUGAUUCAUCGACGAUACAAUUUCAAGCAACGGGCACAACAGCUGCAACAGGGCUAUCGUCCAGUCAAAUUCAAGGAAGCAGCCCUACAGUGCAAAAGGAUACUACGUCAUUCGUUGUCAUGGAUUCUUCUUCAGCUGCAACAGGGCUAACUUCCAGUCAAAUUCAAGCAAGCAGCCCCACAGGAGACUCGUCGACGAUACAAAUUCAAGCAAGUCCCACAGAUUAUUCAUCGACGAUACAAAUUCAAGCAAUAGGCACAACAGCUGCAACAGGGCUAACUUCCAGUCAAAUUCAAGCAAGCAGCCCUACAAUUGACCCAUCGACGAUACAAAUUCAAGCGACCAGCACCACAGUGCAAAAGGAUACUACGUCAUUCGUUGUCAUGGAUUCAUCGGUGAUACAAAUUCAAGCAACAAGCACCACAGUGCCAAAAGAUACUUCAUCAUUUGUUGCCAUGGAUUCUUCUUCAGCUGCAACAGGGCUAACUUCCAGUCAAAUUCGAUCAAGCAACCCUACAGUUGACUCAUCGACGAUACAAAUUCAAGCAGCAAGCACCACAGUUCGAAAGGAUACUGCGACAUUUGUUGUCAUGGACUCUUCUUCAGGUGACCAAUCGACGAAACAAAUGCAAGCAACAAGCACCGCAGAGCCGAAAGAUACCACGUCAUUUGUUGUCAUGGAUUCUUAUUCAGCUGCAAAAGGGCUAUCUUCUAGUCAAAUUCAAGCAAGCAACCCCACAGUUGACUCAGCCACGAUGCAAAUUCAAGCAACUAGCGCCACAGAAUUUAUCAUGAAUCUGGUCACUUCAACAGAUGCUCUUCCGAGUCCACCGACUACAACAUCAGUCAAGUUACCAUCGUCUUUUGCAAUUGCACCAACGGCAACUACACAAGGAGCUGAAAUCGUAUCAUCAACGCAGUCACCGAGUUCAGCUCCUUGCUCGACAAAUCCAUGUGAUGUCAAUGCAGUCUGUACAAACGUCGGGAAUACCUUCUCAUGUAGCUGCAAUACGGGUUACACUGGCACAGGAAAAACUUGUACAGAUGUAAACGAAUGCACUUCAUCACCGGGAAUAUGCGGAAAUAGUUUGUGUGAAAAUAGAUUUGGUUCCUACGUGUGCAAAUGUCCUACCGGAUUUUUCUACAUUGGAAAUAAAUGCGAAGAGGCAUUGUCUUAUAAGCUGGAGUUCACCGUCAUAGAAGGUGCUUCUUACUCGGACGAUCUGCAAAACAAAACAUCCAAAACAUACAUGGAAUUACAAAAGGCUCUGGAAAGUGAUGUCGAGGCUGAUUUUAAAGCAUCGUCACAGUCAUCCAACUACUUAGGUGCAUAUUUGGAAAGUUUCAGCCGUGAUGAUGCCCAAUCUUCUGGUGGUGUAGUUGUUACCUUUACAAUUUUCACUGAAAAAGCUGCAUUUAAUGCUACUCCGACUGUACUUGGAACAGCUUUCAACAGCGGGCUAAAAGACGACACAGUUGGAGGUAUUAAAAAGCGAAUUCUUGGAAAUGAUUAUGUUCUUGCUAAAAGCACCAAUGGAAAGGAUUUUUCGCCUUCUCUUGAUAAUGUUGUCGCCGACAUAAAUGAGUGUUCCCAAAGCCCAGCAAUAUGCGGUGAUGGUCAAAAAUGUGAAAACCUUCCUGGAACAUAUCGUUGUUAUUGUGCUAGCCCUGGGACACAUCUUGUCAAGGGAACCUGUGUCGGAGCAUUUUUGUAUCAGCUGGAGUUCACAAUUAUAGAAGGUGCUUCUUACUCGAACGAUCUGCAAGAUAAAACAUCCCCAACGUACAUGGCAUUACAAAAAGCUCUGGAGGCCGAUGUUGAAGCUAAUUUUCAAGCAUCAUCUCAGUCCUCGAAUUUCUUUGGUGCAUAUUUGGAAAGUUUCAGCCCUGAUAACGCCCAGUCUUCUGGUGGUGUAGUUGUCAACUUUACAAUAUUUAUUAACAACACUGCAUUUGAUGCUACUCCAACUGUGCUUGGAACCGCUUUUAACAGCGGGUUAAACGAUCAAACAGUGGGUGUUAUCUUAAAGCGUGUUCUUGGAAAUGAUUAUGUUCUUGCUAAAAGCUCAGAUGGCAAAAACUUUUCUCCGUCCCUUGGCAAUGUUGUCGUCGACAUAAACGAGUGUUCCCGAAACCCAGCAAUAUGCGGUGAUGGUCAGAAAUGUGAAAACUAUCCCGGCACAUAUCGUUGUUAUUGCAUCAGUCCUGGAAAAUAUCUCGUUGGAGAAACCUGCAACGGUAUUUUGUCAUACGAAGGUGGAUUUGUCAUUAUUAAUCGCAAUUAUACACCUAUGUACAAUGAUAAAAAUAGCAUUGAGUAUUUGCAAUUCAGUGAAGAAGUGGCAUCCUGGGUGGAAAAAUAUUACCUGAAGACUAAGUUUGCCGCCAACCUUGUAGGAGUCCGGGUUAUCAAGCUUUAUCCAGGAUCUGUUGGGGUUGAUACAAUAUCAGCUUUUGAUCCAGCAGCAACUGGAAUCACGGCAAGUGGUUUGAGUCAGGAAUUAGAGCCAAAGUUAGACCUAGUAAGUGGCGGGAAAUAUAUUGGGCCACUCCAACUUACAAGAGUCCCUGGAGAGAAUGCUCUAAAUUUUUCAGACUAUGACGAGUGUAAUCCUGCUGAAGACAUUCAUAUUCCAGAUUGUGCAGAACACGCGUCUUGUGUUAACCUUGAGGCAACUUACAACUGUUCUUGCAAUGAAGGGUAUACAGGCGAUGGUGUAACUUGUAUAGCACUCCCACCGCUAUUGGAAGUGGACAAAGAAGACAGUUUAAAAGUGAAAUAUAUGUUUAGUACCAUGCUAGUAUUUCUGGCACUGUGCAUCAUAUUCUCAAUCGUGUUCAUACUACUCUCAGUUUGUCAAAUUUUGGAAAGAAGAAAACUGUAUCAAUUGACCAAAAAGGUUGAACGUGUUGAAAUGCAAAGUGAGUACUCCGAUUCAAUAACAGCUCCCACUCAUCGAAGAAGUGCUGCAAUGUAUAAUUACUACGAUUAGCCAAUAAACAAACAUUGUAAUUAUAACAAUUUUAUCACCCAUAUGUACGUAUUUUUAUUCAGCAUAACAAUUUUUUGGAACAAGAAAAAUCAAUAUAUUACUGAAAUGUAAGAAUAGUAUUUAAAUAGGAAAGUAUACAUAUACAGGGAUUAAUGUCACACCAUAGUACCCAAGACUAUAUAAGAUUUUAUUUGGCGGGAAGAGAGUGUACAAUUCAACUUAUAAACGGAACAAACAUACAAUACAGCUACAGGCAAACUUUCUUCCGUUCAAUGUCCUUCUGUGUUCAUUGUAGGAGCCGUACAUAUGUAUAUUAUAGGAUGUUAACUGAUUAUUGACCGAGCGUGAGGUCGGUACUGUGAAACAUCAGAGGCUUUUUAUGAGGCUUUUUAGUGCUAAAACCUAUAUUUCCAUCAUUUCCGGAUAUUUGUGGGGUGAUCAAUUAAGAGUUAAAUAUGCCUGAACUGGAAAAACUAUGGUGUGAUAGCAGUAAUCCUUUUAAGAUAACAUUCGCACAGCCUCCGGUAUAUUAGGAAAUGUGUCGCACACGACCUAUUGUUUAACUAAAAUAUUUCCAAAUAUAUGGUAGCUUUUGAAUUUUUUUUUAGCUUAAUAAAUUAUU